AACUAUAGAUAGUGCUGAGUCCAACAGCAGCACUUUUUAGUAAGUUAAAAGUAAUUUUUAUUCCAUAAAGUUUAAAUGGAUUAUUUCUGGAAUCAUAUUAGAUGAUUCUAAUAUUAUCAUCCAACUCUUGAAUUAUGGAUUUGAUGACUUCUUCUACCUGAUUUUCAUUUUGUAAGAGUUAUUUGAAUUUUUUAUGAAUGUAAUUUUAGGGUUCUUUGUUUUGUUCAAAGUACACAUCUUUCAUUCGUAAUAGAUCUUAGUAAAUUGAUUUAACAUCUUAGAGAGCAAUUUCGCAUUUAUCUAGAUAAGUAUUCAAUUUAGCACCUUAAUACAGAUAAUAGGCAGUAAAGCAAACUAUCAUUAUUGCUAAUUCACCUAGUAAGACUAAUUGAA